CGGCCAGCCGCAUCGGCCACAUUACGCUACAGGCCGCGCGUGCCGACAGACAGACAGCCAGACCGUGCGCGCGUUCGCUGCUCCUCCCAGGCACCAACACCUUCCUUCCCCAAACGACACGGCCCCUCUUCCUAGGUGCGUGGCCGUGGUCAGGUUGCUGCCGUAGUGGUAGCUGCUGGACAACUUAUCCGUUAUCCCCGUUGGCGCCAUUCGCCCGCUCCGUGGUGGUGAAGUAGUGGGUGAGGGAGUCAGGGGUGGGAGGGAGGGUGGAAUUCGAAUUUCGGAUCACGAUCGAAUUCCGUGUGCAGAGUGCAGUGGUGCUGUGCUGUGUGAGAGUAUCGCCCGGUCCCAGUGGGUGAGUGAGUGUGCGCGUGAUUUCGCGGUGUAGAAGGCCGCGCCAAGAUAGCUAGGAAGCCGUAAUCGUAAUCGCAAAAAAAUAUGGCAUCGACCCGAUAGAAAAAAAGGAACACCCUGUGUGUGUGCAUGUUCGAGAGAGAAAGAGGGAGAGACAGAUUACGGAGCAACGCUGUAAAUUGGAUUAUUUGUUUUACGUCGCUACAGUGACUUCCCGAGACCGGCAACCGAAGAACGUCCCGAAGAAAGUGUUAGCUGCAACAAAGAGCGAACCAGCAACAAGAUGAGCCAAUAUUACUUCCCGAUCGUGUUCAUAGUACUGCUUGAGAUACUGCGCCUGGCACAGUCACAUCCGUUUCUGUUCAACUCGGGUAAUCACCGCCCGCCGGUAGAAUGGAAGACGCCGGAGGAUAACUGGACGGCGGAGGCAGCACCGCGCAGCAUCUAUCCGCUGCUGCAGAAUCAGAACAACAAGCACCAGCUACCACCACGGUACGCGGUGAUCGAGAGCGACGAGGACGAGCAGCUGUUAAGGCGUGCGCACGAGGCGAAGGAGAAUGCAACCGCCCGGACGCUGUUCUACUCCCCCAAGGAGGAGUCGCAUCUACCGCCCCUGCUCACCAAAACGAUCAAGUACUUCAAUCUGCAGCAGGUUGCGUUCGAGCUGGAAACGAGCGUCAUGUCGCAGGUCUCCUGCACCGCGUGUAAGGCGGGCGCUGGACUGUUGCAGCACUACAUACGCACCGGGAAAAGCAAGGAAGAGAUCAUCAAAAUGAUUUACCAGUACUGUGUGCAGCUGAAGAUCCAGUCGGCACGAGUCUGCGAAGGAGUGAGCCAGCUGUUCGGGGUGGAGGUGAUCUACGUGCUGAAGCGCAUCACGAUCGGGCCGGACGAGAUCUGUAGCUUCAUCAUCGGGGACGCUUGCGGAGACAUUUACAACCCGUACCACGAGUGGGAGGUUGAGUUCCCGCCCGUCCCGAAGCCGGACCCACGGGAGCUGGGUCUGCCGAAGGAAGCGGCCCCCAUUUUCAAGGUGCUGCAUCUGUCCGAUACGCACUUCGAUCCGUACUAUGCGGAGGGUUCGAACGCGGACUGCAAUGAGCCGCUGUGCUGUCGGCUGACGAAUGGACGACCGACUACACCGAAUGGUGCGGCUGGCAAGUGGGGUGACUAUCGAAAGUGUGACACGCCGAAGCGAACGGUUGAUCACAUGCUGAACCACAUCGCUGAUACACACUCGGACAUUGAUUUCAUCAUCUGGACGGGUGAUCUGCCACCGCACGACGUGUGGAAUCAGACCAAGGAGGAGAAUUUGAAGGUGCUGAAGGAGACGGUGACGCAGAUGACGGAGAAGUUCCCGGGUAUACCGAUCUUCCCGGCGUUGGGUAAUCACGAGAGUGCUCCGGUGAACAGCUUCCCGCCACCGUACGUACAGCAGGUGGACAGUUCGAUCGCCUGGCUGUACGAUGAGCUGGAUGUGCAGUGGCGGCGUUGGUUGCCGGCAAGUGUCUCGCACACGGUAAGGCGCGGUGCUUUCUACUCCGUACUGGUGCGUCCUGGGUAUCGAAUCAUCUCGCUCAACAUGAACUACUGCAACAACAAGAACUGGUGGCUGCUGCUCAACUCUACCGAUCCCGCUACCGAGCUGCAGUGGUUCAUCUACGAGCUGCAGAGUGCGGAGUUUGCGGGUGAAAAGGUGCACGUGAUUGGACACAUUCCCCCGGGGCAUUCCGAUUGUCUGAAGGUGUGGAGCAGGAAUUACUACAAAAUUGUGUCCCGCUUCGAGAGCACCAUUACGGCACAGUUCUUUGGCCACACGCACUUCGACGAGUUUGAGGUGUUUUACGAUCCGCACGAUUUGAGCCGGGCGACCAGCAUCGCGUACAUUGGACCAUCGGUGACGCCGUACAAUGAUCUGAAUCCGGGCUAUCGGAUCUACUACAUCGAUGGAGAUCACGAUGAAACUACACGGCUAGUCGUAGAUCAUGAAUCGUGGAUCAUGAACCUGAAGGAGGCUAAUCUCUACGAUUACCCCAUCUGGUACAAGCUGUACUCGACACGGGCAGCGUACGGCAUGAAGGGUCUGCGACCCGCCGACUGGGAUCAACUGAUCAACAACAUGACUGACAGUAAGGAGCUGUUCGAUCUGUACUACAAACACUACUGGAAGGCCUCGCCAGUGAAGCCGGAAUGUGAUUAUGAGUGCCGCAAGCGCAUCCUGUGCGACGCGAAGAGUGGACGAUCGCACGAUCGCAAGUACUUCUGCGAGGAGGUGGAGGCGAAAAUCGACGAAAGCAACAAGGGCUGGAAGGAUUGGCUCUUCAGCUCGAUUAGCUCUUCCAGCAGCAGCAGCGGCAGCAGUAACACUGUUUCGAACGGUAACCAUGACACGAUCGCACAUCAACAUGAACAGGAGGUGGCGGAAGCGUACGAACGCAAUAGACGGCUGCCUAGCGUGCAGCUGGCUGCUGGGUGAAGAGGGACGAGCAAAGGGUUUGUGGUGUUUAAUAUGUCGACAUUAAUCUUCUAGAGCCGGUGAAAUUUACCCAAUGUGUUUAGUUGUAACCUUAAUCCAGCUGAGCUAUGAUCUAUAGUUAUGGCUGACGUCAUAGAAUAUGUGUAUGUUUACGUGUAUGUACUCCCCUCCAAGGGAUGUAAAUAAAAUAAGUUUUAUGCAGCAUUUUAAA